GAAAAAAUGGAAAAAUGAAUCGGACAAGACCCUAUGGGGAAAAAGAAAGUGCUCCUAGGUUUAGAGGUGGUUAUGUUGGUACCUUAUGUGAUUAUGGUGGUGGUAGGAAGAGGAUGGUAUUUUGAUAUUACUGGAGAGGCUGUAGUGAUUAUUUAUAAUGUAGCGACGAUUAUAAUGCUCGUCACACAACUUGCCUUCAUAAUCUUAUAUUAUAUCAAUUCUAAAAAGUCGGUCCCUUCAACACACAAUGAUACCUCUGAGUCUGGAUAUAUUCAUUUACAAGAAUCAAUGCAAAACCCAGGAAAUCAAAACAGAGCUCUUCAGAAUAGAGGAGCUAAUUUAUACUCAGAUAAGUUCUGGAAUGGGCCAAUGUCAGGCUGGAUCCUCUACAGAUCCAUUCAUGCGUUCAUUCUUCUCUGAAUGUGGAUCACAAUAUUCUUCUCAGGCUAUCAUGAAGUAUUUGGAUAUGCAUUCUUUAUAAUUGAGGUUGCUCUCUUUUUCUACAGCACAUUUGAAUGGUACACUUUAGUUGAUACCCCGCUAAAUUUAGAGAAUGAUUACUACAGCAGAAUUUAAUAUAAUUCUCAAACAAAAAUUCAAUG